GAUCCGCCCCGCGGGGCAUAGAGGGAGCAGGGGCGUCCCCUGGCCUCCAUGGAGCCGGGCUGGGUCCAGGGUUCUCCGCAAAUGCUGUAGCCACCUGGGGGGAGCUCAGCGCCUGGCAGAGGGGCCGAGACCCUGUCCGAGCCCUCCGUCCACCUGCGCGAGACCCCCGGUUCUGCGUUUCCCGUGAGACAGCGACGCAGUCCGGGGACAGGCGAUGGCGCAGAUCAGCUUGUCCAAACUGGCCGACCUCUCCAUUGGGACCCCGGAAACCGGACACGUCAAUUUUACCGCCCUUCACACCUUGCUCCACGCCAUCAUCAAGCACCUCAACCUCCAGGACCUGCAAACGGAGAUGCGGGAGGAGCCCGCGCCUCCGCCGGACAAGGGCCAACCGCGCCAGGCAGCGCCGCUCUACGCCGACCUGGAGAAGAAAGUGGCUGGGGUAGAGGCUCAGGUGCAAGACGUGGUGGGCCAGCUUCAGGGGCUGGAGAAGCAGCUGUCUGCCCUGGAGAAACUCCCGUCCGGGUUAGACCUGCUGGAGAGGGCCAAGAGCGGCGCCCAGAACGGGUCUGCGGUGGCCGACAUGUGGCAAAUGAUGCAGAUGAGGAAGAGGAUCGAAGCGAACGAGAACGGCAUCUCCAAGUCCAUGUCUCUGUUGCAAGAUCUGCUGAACGAGGUCAAUGGUGUGAAGAUGGCUCAGGCCUACACAGACAACAAGAUCAAAAAGAUCAAGGAAAAGCUUGGCUGGCUAAAUCCCCAGGAAGUUGACAGUCAACUGCAGGUCUGCUUCAUGGAUCAGAAGAAUCUGAAUACUGAUUUGAAAAGUCUAGAGCAAAGACUGAGCCUCUAUCCAAGUCCAGAAGAACUGAGUAACCUGGUGCGAUGGGAAAUUCUGGAAGACUGCCUCGUGACAAACAAAGGCAAGACCCCACCUUCUGCAUCCCAGUCUGUGGAGACCAUCAUAGGCCAGACUUCUCUGACCAGACACCCAGGUUUAGCCACUGACACCCCUGCCAGGAAAGCCUCCGCCAUUGGGGUGGGGGCUUCAGGGAGCCAGGUGGACUCUCUCAGAACUGCAGGGGGUACUUCCAGGAUGCAGGCUGGUUCUCCUGGAACCCAAGAGAGCACCCCAUCAGUUCCGACCAGGAUGGCUGGAUCGCGGGGAAGACCUCCCUCUGUGUCGGGAGGGACCUCCGAAACUAGGGCAAGCACCCGCUCUGUGGCAGGAGGGACCACUGGGACCAGAGCAAGCACCCCCUCCAUGCCAUCAGGGAGCUCUGGGACACGAGCCAGCACCCCCUCAGCACCGCCAGGGACCCCUGACACCAGGGCAAGCACCCCCACCACAGAGAUCUCAGGGGCUCAGCCCAGGGCUUCAGAGGCCCAGGCAGGUGGUCAAGGAAUCCAGCUAGGUUCCCCUGGUGCUGGGCCCAGUUCCCCAGGGACUCAGACUGGGCCUGCUAGAGUGUCACCUGGGGUUGUGGGGACCCAGGAAGGUGCUCCUGGGAUGGAUGUUGAUGAAGUGUCUCCCAGUGCCUGGCCCAAUGCCCCAGGGACACCAAUGGGGGCUCCAGGGACUGAGGUGGGACAGCCAGGCACUUGGCUUGGCUCACCAGUCACUCCAGGGAUCCAGGCUGGGGCUGUUGCUCCGCCAGUUCAGGUGGAUGGUCAGGCAGGGACUCCCAGAGCCAGGCACUGGGCUCCAGGACUUCCAACAGGUGUGCUCGUGACUCAGAUGGCUGUUCAAGCAGGGGCUCCCAGCACACCGGGGAUCCAGGUGAUGCCUUCCAGAGUCGGGCCCAGCAUGGCAGGAACCCAGGUGACACCUCCUGAAGCCUGGGCUGGUGCACCAGGGACCCAGGUGACACCUCCUGGAACCUGGGGUGGUGCACUAGAGACCCAGGUGUCACCUCCUGAAGCUGAACCCAGUGCACCAGGGACCCAGGUGACACCUCCUGGAGCCUGGGCCGGUGGACCAGAGACCCAGGUAAUGCCUUCCGGAGCCUGGGCCAGUGCAUCAGAAACCCAAGUGACACCUCCUGAAGCUGGACCUAGUGUGCCAGGGACCCAAGUGACACCUCCUGGAGCCUGGGCAGGUGUUCCAGAGACCCACAUGACACCUCCCAGAGCCUUGACUGGUGCACCAGAGACUCAUGUGACAUCUCCUGGAGCCUGGCCCAGUGCUUCAGGGACCCCAGUGGACAUGCCUGUGCCUCAGACAGCUGCCCCAGCAGGACCUCCAGGAGACUGGACUGGUGCUCCUUCAACUCCAUUGGCCAUCCCAGGAUCCCAGGCUGGGCCUCCUGUAGCCCAGCCCAGCAUGCCAGGGCCCCAGGCAGGCUCCCUAGCAUCUCCAUUGGGCACCUCAGCAUUACAGCCUAUGGCACCUGCAGCAGCAUCCUCCUCUGCCACCCAGCUUGUAGUUCCAUCUGGGCCUUAUGUCACCCAAACCCCUUUGGCAGCAUCUCCUGAGCAGAAGGACAAGCUCGGAGCCACCGUUUCUUUCCUACGUGAGUCCUCUGCAUCUAGCAGUACUGCCAGCCGCUACAGCGAAACCAUGGAGGCCCUGCGCCAGAUGGGGCAGCUGGCCAACCUCUAUGCUGCCCUGAAGGAGCAGGUAAACCAGCUGGAAGAAACCAAAUGUACCUACUCAGACCUCAACAAGCUGAAGCAGCUCCUCUUGGAUGCAGCCCGGAAGAACGUCCCCAGCCUCCCUGCUGCUGUCCUGGACCAGCUGUCAUCCUUGAAAGACAUGGCAGAGGACAUGAGAAGCACAAAGGAGAAGAUAAUCAAUCUGCAGAAUGUCUUGGAAGGAGUGGAGGCUGCAGGAGCAGGCCAGAGCGCGGAGGAAUCCAGUCAGAUUAACCUGCAAGUAGCUAAACUCAGAUCGACGGUGAAGAACAUAGAGAAGGAGCUGCGGAAGCUGAGAGAGAAGCAGGAUCAGGGCAAAGCCAAACUGGAGCAGUCGGUGACCGACACAGCCCUCUGUCUCCAGGACCAGUUAGACAAGCUUAGGUCUGUGAUAGAGGGCAUGAUGGCCUCCUCCUCCACCUUGCUUUCCAUGAGCAUGCCCGCUGGCCCGGAGACCACCGAGCCAGCACUGCAUGCUUCAUGCCCAGCCUGCAGCAUAGAUGUCAGCGAGCAGGUUAGCCAUCUGUUCAAACGCUAUGAACAGCUCCAGGACUUAAUUAACAGCUUCAUGAAGCGGCGCACACAGGGCAAGGCAUCCAAGAGGCCGCAGCUGAAGAGCCAGGAUGAGGAGCUGCUGAAUCGAAUCCAAAGCACCAUCAUCAAUGUGCAGGAAGACUGCGAGAAGCUCAACACUAUCACAGGGAACCUCAUCGAAGAGCAUCGCCAGAAGCAGAAAGACAUUGAUGUUCUGUUCCAGUCUCUGGAGAAACUGGAAAAGGAGAAAGCAGACAAGGAGCAUCUAGAGAUGGAAAUCGAUGUGAAAGCUGACAAGAUUUCCCUGGCUAGCAAAGUCAGCCGCAGCCAGUUUGAUGCCACCCUGGAGCAGCUCAACAAAAUGAUCCAGGAUCUGCUGAAUAAGAUGACAGGGCAUGAGCAGGACUGGCACAAAGUGCUCGACAAGCUCGUGGUGGAGAUGGACUCCAAGCUGGACCGCCUGGAGUUAGACCCAUUCCGGGAGCAGCUUGAGGAGCGGUGGAAGGCCAUCCGGAAGCAGCUGAAGGAGAAGUCUCCACAGUAUGAAGCAGAUGAAGCAGCUGGGAUCAGGAAGCGCCUGCUGGCUCAUUUCCACUGCAUCUCCUGCGACAGACCCCUGGACAUGGUGGUGCCUGGCCCGACCAUCACGCGCAUCCCCUCUGUGCCAAUGCUACCGACUCACCGCUCUGUCCGGCCCUACACUGUCUACGAGCUGGAGCAAGUCAGGCAGCAGUGCCGCAGUGACAAGAUGGCAGAGAUGGAGUGUGGCUACCUGUCUGUACCUCGGCAUUGUGGCGGCAGCCACACCAUCACCUACCCCUACAGGCGUUACACACGGCUGCAGCAGAUUGCCCAUUGCAUGCCAGGGCACCCAGGGGAGACAACUAUGCUGGCAGUGAUGAAGCGUGACGAGGUAGAUAUCCUGGGCCUAGACGGACACAUCUACAAGGGGCGGAUGGAAACGAGGCUACCGUCCAUUUCAGGGAAGAAUGGUCCUUUGAAAACCAGAUCCAAGCUCUCCCAAUCCUCCUUCCAGAAGCAGUCAACAGUCAUGGAUGUGGACAGCUUCCCAGGACGCCCUCAGAGUGCCAAGCUGUCUUCCCUCAGUAACACAGCGAGGUCCCUGAAGGACAGGCCAGUGUCAUCCCAGGGUCGACUGUCCCAGACAAGCCUGAUCCAUCCACCAAGUCCAACACAACCCCAGGAGGAAAGAGAUGACUUUCCCAUGCAGGAGAAAGAGACCCUGGAGUUUCAGCUCACUGUGCCCAUGGGCCAGCAGACGGACGAGCAGGCAGCUCCGUUUCAGUGAUGGUGGUGGCAGACAAGCGGUUCUCACUGGCGGAAACCAGGCAAUAAAGUGGGAGCAGAACAGAGUGGGGGGGCUGUGUGCAUGUGUCGCUGCUGUAGGAACAGGGAGCUUUUUGUGCAGGCCCUUCCACACAGCAACACUGUUUCUGGGGGUCUGGGCAGGCCCUGGCUUGCAUGGAAACAGCCCUUCCCAGGGCCUUGCAAGGCUUUCUCCCUUGGUAGCUUUGUCCCAGGAGAUGGGGGCAAAUAUCAGCUGCCCUGGGUGAACUGGUUAGAUACCAGCAUGCGAGCCUCAGCCUCCCCUCGUAGGGAUGCCUCAGCCAAAUGAUGGCAAAGUUAGUGGCGUGACUGAACGACAGGUGCCAGAGCAAGGGCAGGGUCCUGCUACAAGGCCUGGGGUUGUUCUCAUCCUGAGUGGAACAAGAGGCUGAGUGGCACUGCCUUGGCACUGUGGACCAUUCAGGCUGGGAUAUAUGGUCUUCACUGGCUGCACCUUCGUACUAAAGAGCAGGGGAGGAUGCAGCCUGCUUUGCUUCAUCCCCCUUGGGGUAGCCCUCUGGCUGCUGGGUAAGUGUCCAGUUCUGCCACCUUGUGGAUACCCCUUGAGUACUCGCGCACAGGUGCUGACGCUUGUGGGAUCAUCUCUCUACCAGUCUGACUGAGGUUUGUGGAGCAGAAAGGCUCCAAGGGAGAGACUACUGUAUGUACUGUGCAUAAUGCUGCUGCUCUUCCAUGCAUCUUCCAUUCUCCAGCCCUUCCACAGUGUUUGAUUCUAAACAGGCCUUGUCUACAUCUCUCCCUGGCUCUAGUUGCAAUUGCUGCUAGAGCUUAUGCACAUCCACAUACUUGUGGCAGGCCCCCCUCUCAGCAG